UAAAUCAGCUGAACGUAAAAUGGCAACAAGCACAACAAAAAUAAAAAGAAAAAACGCAAGUGCAAGUGUUAAAUGGGCUGUCUAAGUUGAAAUAGAAUUUAAUAUUUAAAAGACUGUGAAAAUGCGCAUUGAACGUGUCUUUCGAGCACAACGGCCCACCGAUAAAAUGUAGAAGUGGCUUCUUUGGUGUUCUUUUCUCGCAGAAAGAAAAUCGGUGCAAAGGAAAAAACAAAAAUACAUUCAAACACACGAAUGUUAAUGUAAAGGCAAAAUUUCAAGCAGCAGCAGCGGGAAGCGGGAAAAGAGGACACACCACGCCACGCCACGCCAAGCGAUAAAGAUAAGCUCUCAGGGGGUACCCCCAGAUAACCCCACUGAAACGGAUAUCUACUGACGCCUCUGAUAAGGAACAGCUAUCGGCGGUGACUGUCCGGAGGAGCUACUAACCGCCGGAACCAGGUAGAGCACUCGGCUCGGCUCAGCCGCCGAGCUUAUCAGCGAUCCCAGGGGGGUAGCAUGUCGCACGGCAGCGCCGGCGGCAGUGGCGGCAGUCUGGGCGCGCAAACUGUGGGUGCCGGCAGCAUUGGUGGCGGUGCAGCGGCAGCGGCGGCGGCAGCAGCAGCAGCAGCAGCGGCAGCGGGCGGCGGCAACGGCGAGUACCGUGAACUCCACUGGACAGUGUCGAGCGUGAUGGACUCGUCGCGCGUCUCCACCUGCCUCAUCUCGAUGCUGCUCAUUGUGUACGGCAGCUUCCGGAGUCUCAACAUCGAACAGGAGGCACGCGAGCGGGAGCAAAAGAAGCGCAAUGAGUCCAUGACGAAUCUCCUCACCGGGGAGCAGGUCGAAAAGGAGCCAAGCUCUUUGUGCUUCUUUACAGCGGAUAAAUUCGCCACACUAGACACGAUGCAUGCUCUGUGCCUGCCACUGGGCGCCUCCAUAUCGCUGCUCAUCAUGUUCUUCUUUUUCGACUCGAUGCAGCUGCUCUUUGCCGUGUGCACAGCCAUCAUUGCCACUGUGGCGCUGGCCUUUCUGCUGCUGCCCAUGUGCCAGUACAUUAUGCGACCCUGCACGGACGGCAAACGUUUCUCCUUUGGCGUUUGUGGACGCUUCACGGGGGCAGAGCUCUUUAGCUUUAUGCUGUCCGUGUCGAUUGUGUGCGUUUGGGUGCUAACCGGCCACUGGCUGCUGAUGGAUGCAAUGGGCAUGGGUCUGUGUGUGGCCUUUAUAGCGUUCGUGCGUUUGCCCAGUUUGAAGGUGUCGACGCUGCUGUUGACCGGCCUGCUCAUCUACGACGUCUUCUGGGUAUUCCUCUCCUCGUACAUAUUCAGCACGAACGUGAUGGUGAAGGUGGCCACGCGACCCGCCGAGAAUCCCGUGGGUAUAGUGGCGCGCAAAUUGAAUUUGGGCGGCCUUGUGCGGGACACACCGAAACUGAAUUUGCCGGGCAAACUGGUUUUCCCCAGCAUACACAAUACGGGCCACUUUUCGAUGCUCGGCCUGGGCGAUGUGGUGAUGCCGGGCCUGCUACUCUGCUUUGUGCUGCGCUAUGAUGCGUACAAAAAGUCACAGGGCGUCACAUCGGAUCCCACACUAUCAACGCCAAGGGGCGUGGGCUCUAGGCUAACAUAUUUUCAUUGUUCCUUACUGGGCUAUUUUUUGGGUCUGCUAACGGCCACGGUCAGCUCGGAGGUGUUUAAAGCUGCACAGCCGGCGCUGCUGUAUUUGGUGCCCUUUACGUUAUUGCCACUACUGCUGAUGGCCUAUCUAAAGGGCGAUCUGCGGCGCAUGUGGAGCGAGCCGUUUAUUACGCACCCACCAUCAAAACAACUGGAAGUCUGAGUGUGUGUACUCUAUUAUCUACAUAUAACAAGCAACAAGAACAACAACCACAACAACAAAAGUAACAUCAAACACACACACACAAAACACUCACACACACACACACAAAACACACACCCAUAAGAAGAUCUAUUACUAAACAAAUUUGUCUCUUAAAUAACGUAUUGAGUAUGUAUGUAUUUUUUAAUUCUACUCAACUAAGUUUCGUUUUAAGUUAGGUGAUACUCGUUUUUCAUAGUGAAAUAAAACGCUAACAAAAUCGAGUAAUUUUAGUUUCUAGCAUUUAAGUAUGGGCAGUAAAAACUCUUAUAGCAUCCCGCAUUCAUUUCAAUUGGCUUUAAUGUCUCACCCAGCCCAUGCAGAUAAAUACGAGUAGCAAAUAGAGUCCAGCCCACAGUUCAUAGGGCUAACAUACACACACAUAAUCUAUCAUUACCCACUGCAUACUAUAGCAAGAGAUAGCGAGAGACUAGCAAGGAAACUGUUGGAGAUUCGUGUUCUUAAGGGAGUUCUCUCCUGCGGGGAGAAAUUCAGAAUCAGUAUGGCCGUUCUGUAAAUACUUAAGUUAACAAAACAAACAAACAAAAUACAUACAUAUAUAUGAUAAAUGAUAAAUUCUGGAGAUAAACAAACCACCAUGCAACAAAUAAUAGUUAGUAAGUUCGCCUUCACACACACUCACACACAACACACACACACACACAUUUUAUACCCCCGUUUUAUGUUAUCUCAAAAUCACCCACAUUUCCGUCCCCUCACAAAACCAUCUAAAGAAUUUUUGCCAAAAUGCAUGUGUUCGUUUUAAACAAUAAAAGGAAAAGAAUAGCAAGAGAAAAUCAGAAAUUUAGCGUAAAAGAUUUGCACCUGCGGUGUGUGUUUCACAAAUUAAGUUUCACGAAUUUUAAUUGUUUGUAAUUAGAGCAGCUAAAAAACAAAAACAAAACAAAAAAAAACAACAAUAAUAACGAUUAAUUGUAAUUGUAUGCAUAUGGAAGCGAUAGUUACAUACUAAUUUUAAGUAAAUGCAAUUUCGAAACGUAUAGAAACAAUAAAAUGUGAGAUUUAAACAAAACCAAAAACCA